AGUUUCAUUACUUUUACUCUUAUUGUUAUAAUAGCUACUUAUGACCGCUUUUCUCUCUUCUUUCAAAUCUCUCCCUCUCCCAGAGAAAGUCAGGGAGGGUCCACUUUCCCCUGAGGAGUACCACGCACUCAGCUGCUUCAAACGUCUGGUGUAUAGGACUAAGUACAACCCUAGAAGAGUGCUGGAUUUGGUUAUUCUGUUCUUUGGCAUCUUCAUCUCAAGGCUGGGCAAUACACUUCUGGCUCCUGUUACUCCUUGGUAUAGCGAGCAUCUAGCUCCCGAUAUGAAUCACGGCUCAGCCGCGUCUAUUCUAAUGGCUGCUUAUGCUGUUGGAACGCUCCUUGCCUCUCUGAUCAGCGGACCACUCAGUGAUAGACUCGGUCGUCGUCCGGUUCUCCUUUUUGCGAUGGGUAUCUACACCGUUGCUCAGUUCCUCAUGGCCAACGCUUGGGAUAUUGCAAGCUUUGCAGGCUUCCGUGCUAUGGCUGGUAUCUCAGCCGGUACUCGACCUGUGAUCAUAUCCUUCUUGAUUGACAGCAGUCGUCCGAUCGAUAUGAAGCUCUACGGUGUGAUCAUGGGCCUCCAUGUGGUCGUAGGACAGAGUAUCGGACCUGCUAUCGGUGGAGUGUUGGCAAGUGUCUCCUUAUCCUUCCCAUUCUACUUCAUGGGAGUCGUCUCUGCUGUAUUGUUCAUUCUGGAACUCCUCUUCCUGCGUGAGUCGUUGGAGAAGGAUGAGAGUGGAAUGCCCAUCAACAAGUUUGCCCAUCCUGACAAGAAGGAGCCUCCGAUGAACAAGUAUCUCUGGCCUACUGUCGUGGUACUUGGCAUCGUAUCCUUCUCUGCCCAGUAUGUUGGUAUCAACUGGUCUACUGUGUUUGGUCUUUUGGGUGCGGAUGAGUAUAACUUGUCCUCUUCUGAGAAUGGAGGAGCUCAGAGUAUUCAAGCCGUUGGAACUAUCUUCACCAACCUCAUCUAUCUGCAGCUCACCAAGCUUAUUCCAGCUGCACUUCUGGGCUCGCUUGGUUUGGUACUGACCAUGACAAUCGUGAUCGUCCCAUUCAUCCACAGCUUGACUGGGGUCAUCUUCCUCGGUAUAGGUUUGCAGGCUGAAAUCGGCCUGUACUUUGCUGGCCAAGCCUACUUUACUGCAGUCAUAUCUCCACCUAAGAGGAGAGGUCUGAUUAACUCCUGCGUUAUGGCUGCCUCUAAUAUUGGUGGACUGGUCGGGCCUCUGGUAGCUGGUAACCUUUACGAUCUCAACGUGGCAUAUCCCUUCUACCUCAGUGUUAUUUUCUCCGGUGUCGGCGCUAUCUCUUGUAUAUUCGUCUACUUCGGGAUGAAGCACCAAACGAAUCUACUCGAGCAUGAUAAUGGCGACUCUGAUGAGGGUUCCACCUGUGGUGAGCCCGACUUGUCUACGGAGGAUACCGCCAGUUCUGUGGAUUUGGAGGAGAGAGUGUGAUUAUUAUGAAGACGAUAAUUCUGCCACGCCGUUGUUCUUUGUUAUUGUUCUUCUUUUGAAUGUCUCAUAGUAGCAACGUUAACUGUUAAAUUACUUCCCCGACGGGGUGCGUUUGUGCUAUAUUCAACAACUAUGUGAACUCCUCUUAAGAGGAUCUACUAUUUUCCGACACGCCGUGCUCCCCUGUGGUAUUGUUUAUAGACGAUUCUGUUUUUAGUUCUUCUCCCUGUUCUUCUUCUUGUGAAUGCCUCAUGGUAGCACCGUACAUUUUUAGUUUCUCUCCCCGACGGGGUGUGUUUGUGCUAUAUUCCACAACUAUGUAAAUUCCUCUUUUAAGGAUCUAUUAUUUUCCGACACGCCGUGCUCCCCUAUGGUAUUGUUUAUAGACGAUUCUGUUUUUAGUUCUCGUCCCCGUUUUCUCUCUCGAAUGCCUUAUGGUAGCAACGUAUACUGUUAGCUUCCCUCCCCGAUGGGGUGGGUUGUGCAAUAUUCAAUAACUAUGUGAACUCCUCUUAGAAGGAUCUAGUAUCUCCCGACAUGCCAUCACGGUGUUUCCCUAUGGUAUUGUGUAUAGAUGAUCCUGUUGUUUGUUCUCGGUGUUCACAAGUGUCGGUCCUUC